AGACACCAUGACCGCGCGUAUGUAACACCACUGCGCCCGAAGUCGCUGUACAAAAUUCUAGUUCUGUUAAUAUCUUGCGUCCACAAAUGUUUCGCGUCUGUUUACUCAUCAAUUCGUGCCGCGAUUAGCCGCAGCACUUCUCGAUAACGCCGGGGUUAUCAACGGGCCCUCUGCGUUUCUUUUGACGAGUACUUCAAGUGUCGCAGUCCCAAAAGUACUUCCAGCGCCAAGAUGACCGAGCAGAAAAGGGUCGGUCGGUGGUACUUCGGCGGGUUGUCAUCCGCCGGAGCCGCUUGCAUCACGCACCCCAUUGAUUUGAUUAAAGUGCAUCUUCAAACGCAACAAACCGGCAAGUUGGGCAUUCUGCAAACGACAAUGCAGGUUGUACGACGAGAUGGAUUUUUUGCAUUGUACAAUGGCAUUUCCGCAUCGUUGUUGCGACAGUUGACAUAUUCAACUACACGAUUCGGUAUCUAUGAGAUGGCGAAACAGUCCUUGGGCACUACGCAACCAUCUUUUGGAAUCGCCGUGUCUAUGGCGGCGUUGGCAGGCGCCGCAGGUGGUUUAGUUGGAACUCCUGGUGAUAUGAUCAACGUACGCAUGCAGAACGAUAUGAAAUUACCACCUGAACAACGCAGAAAUUAUAAACAUGCAAUAGAUGGUUUAGUACGCGUCGCUUCUGAAGAAGGCCCGACGAAAUUAUUUAAUGGUGCGACUGCCGCCACCACCAGGGCUGUAUUUAUGACCAUUGGCCAGCUGGCAUUUUACGACCUCGUCAAGAAAUAUUUACUCGGCACUGGGAUGUUCAAGGAUAAUACCACCACGCAUUUCCUUUCGAGUUUAACAGCUGGUUUGAUUGCCACGACACUAACGCAACCGAUGGAUGUGAUAAAAACACGCAUGAUGAACAGUAAACCAGGAGAAUUUGCAGGUAUCUGGGAUGCGGUAAAGUACACCGCCAAAUUAGGCCCUCUGGGCUUCUACAAGGGUUACAUUCCGGCGUUUGUGCGUCUCGGCCCGCACACCAUCCUCACGUUCCUAUUCCUCGAGCAAUUGAGAUUGAACUUUGGUUUUAUCAAACCAGAAAAGUCCUAGAUCGCCCAUAAGUCUAUACAGUUUAAAUUUAAAUAAGUCAAAGUCCAAGACGUGCAUUUAAUGCAUUCGUGUAUUUUUAUUAGGAGCAAUGCGAAUUGAUGAGUAGUUAAAUUUAAUUCGUGCACUAAAUUCGAUGUGAUACUGGUUUCGAAAAAAAACCAGUCGAACGCAACAUUCAGCAAAUACCAUUCCGUACGCAUAAGUUUUAAAUUGUUAUGUGCAUGUCACGCAAAUGAAUGCAUUAACACAAAGUUCAACUACAACUCACCGAUGGAAUGUUUGCUGGUCAAACGUCCAAGCGCUGGGUUCGCAUAGAUAAUUAUACAGAGCACAAUAUAUAUUAUGAUGUGAUAGUGACAAAAUUUGAAGCUAUUUUCACACACAAGCAGUUAAAUCGUUCCACAACACAUCAAAGAGCGCACUGAAUAUAUUUAUAUUUUCUAUUGCGAUGUUUACAGAGAGAACUAAUUUUAUAAUGACAUAUUACGCUUUACUCAAUCGAUGUAUUUAUGCAUUUAUGAAUGAGGAACGAAGCAAAAGACAAACGACACGAUGUUGAACUAUGUUGUUGUGAUAUACUGUAAUAAACUGCAUUUUAUGCUGGUUAUGAAUAUUUUAAGCACUAAUAUGUAUUGAAAACAGGCCAGAGACGAAGCAUUCCAAAAUUCGGACCAAACGGGAAAUGAGAUAUUUUAUUAUUAAACUGUUGGUAUAUUUUGCAAUAAAUAUGUGUAACAUUGUAGGCAAUUGAAGGAUAUUAAAUAAAUUAUAUGUGAGGCAAUUAA